GCGGCAGAAAAAAAAAAAAUCUGGAAGCUCUGCUUUCUCGGGAUCGAAGCUAUCGCGAAGGAGGAUUUACAUCAAGAACGCUCAGCUAGGCCACUUCGCACCUCCAAUUGUCAAAGGUGCGAUAGAUCUGUGGACAGGAGACCAUUGUCCCAUUCAGAUUGUGGUCGACAGCUGCAACAUUACGGUAAAAGCAAAAGCUUUUUCAGAAACGUGCCAAGCACGAAACGAUCAAUAUGGGCGGCAACAAGGACGCUCUCGCAUUGGCGAAGAGGGAUGAGGAGGUUGAUGAGGAGUUCAGCAUUAAGCCGGAACAGGUCACGCCUGCCCUCGACACAAGCAGCUGGCCGCUUCUUCUCAAGAACUAUGACAAACUGCAUAUUCGGACCGGACACUUCACACCCAUUCCCAAUGGCAGCACGCCCCUCCGCAGGGACAUCAAGUCAUACAUCAGCUCCGGUGUGAUCAACCUCGACAAGCCCUCCAACCCUUCUAGUCACGAAGUUGUUGCGUGGAUCAAGAGGAUCUUGAGGUGUGAGAAGACGGGACACAGUGGCACUCUCGACCCCAAGGUUACAGGAUGUUUGAUUGUGUGCAUUGACCGUGCCACCAGGCUGGUCAAGUCACAGCAGGGAGCAGGAAAGGAGUACGUGUGCGUGAUUCGCCUUCACGACAAGGUUCCUGGCGGCGAACCCGAAUUUGCACGCGCACUCGAGACACUCACGGGUGCCCUUUUCCAGCGCCCGCCGCUCAUCUCGGCCGUCAAGCGCCAGCUGCGUAUCCGUACCAUUCACGAGAGCAAGCUCAUUGAGUUCGACAACGACCGUCACCUCGGUGUUUUCUGGGUCAGCUGUGAGGCUGGAACCUACAUUCGGACUCUGUGUGUCCACCUGGGUCUCAUGCUGGGUGUUGGAGCUCACAUGCAGGAGCUUCGCCGUGUCAGGAGUGGUGCUAUGGACGAGACCAAGGACUUGCACACCCUCCACGACGUCUUGGAUGCCCAGUGGCUGAUGGACAACACCCGCGACGAGUCUUACUUGAGGAAAGUCAUUCAGCCUCUGGAGACGUUGCUCACUACCUACAAGAGGCUUGUGGUCAAGGACAGCGCCGUCAACGCUGUGUGCUAUGGCGCCAAGCUCAUGUUGCCUGGUCUUCUGAGAUAUGAGGCCGAUAUUGAGCUUCACGAGGAGGUCGUUUUGAUGACCACCAAGGGUGAGGCUAUUGCUAUUGGUAUCGCUCAGAUGUCAACAGUUGAGAUCUCAUCUUGCGACCACGGUGUGGUUGCGAAGGUGAAGCGCUGCAUCAUGGAGCGUGACCUGUACCCUCGCCGCUGGGGUCUUGGUCCUGUGGCCGGUGAGAAGAAGAAGCUCAAGGCCGAUGGCAAGCUCGACAAGUUCGGCCGCCCCAACGAGGCGACACCAUCAAAGUGGACCCAGAACUACAAAGACUACUCCGCUCCUGCCCCUGAUGCUGCAGCGCCUGCUGCUGACGAGGCUGCCGCUAGCACGCAGAGCCCCGCCAAGGCUCUUCCCGCUCCUGACGCUGAGCCAGAAGCCGAGGCUGAUGAUGGCAAGAAGCGCAAGUCAAAGCACGAGGGCGAGACAGCAGAGGAGAAGGCUGAACGCAAGCGCAGGAAGAAGGAGAAGAAGGAGAAGAGGGCCUCCAAGGCUGCCGCCGAGGAGGACAGCGACUAAAUCAUCUAAACUAGUCUCUUUCGAAGUUGCUCAACCCAAUUCUCGUUUUCCAGUCAUUGUCUCUCGAUACCUGCCCAAGUGCGUUGCUGGGAAACUUUCAGAUCCUUUGAUGUAAGGCGGGUUUGUCGAGCAUGCUUCAUCAAUUAUGGGCUAGAAAAGUGUACUUGAUCUACAAAAGAAAAGACCCAAGGAUCACAUUCAGGGCUGGGGUUAAUUGGCGUUAGGAUAGUGUUCUUUAUAUGGGUUCUGCAUUUGUCACUGCUGUGUUUUUGAAUUUGAUUCCUGCUUCCCCUUUACUGAUCACUUUACCAUUGUCGCCUUGCAGCACCAGGUCAACCUCGAACAACACUAGUGAAAGCAGAAGUACAUAUUGACAGAAACCCUAUGAGUUGGCACACCAUUUCAUUCGAUCUGGAAUCAUUAAUCAUUAGCGCCACGUCACCUUUUCAGGAGAAGUGAAUGACAGCCAACGUGGUACAGCUGACUCGACUCAAGACAGAGGUAUCUCAGGGUCGCUCUGGCGCCGACACGCCAAAAACUUACUUGCUUACAAUCUGAAUGAAGCUAACCCUCCACUGUUGGGUGGGGACAAGACGGAUAUGUUUAUUACCCCGUGUGCAGAUUACCGCCAUCACUAUAGAUUGG